AUGCUGCUGUCAGACACACGUAUAAGCCAACAAACAACGACAUUUUCGGCACUGUCCAAAUCAUCUUCGGACUUUUCGCUUAGAACUAAUACAUCUGUUAUCCAUCAUUGGAAGGAAUACGGUAUUCGCUGUAGACACAGCAAUAAAAAGAAAAGGAAUAAUGUUGCUUCUAAAGGCACCACACAAUCAUCAGCUGGAAAUGUACACACAAAUAUCAAAGAUACCUCUUCAUUGUCAUCAGUCAUAGCGUACGUCUUCCUUAUAGUGCUUCUCAUCAACGUACCAUCCACUUCAUUGGGAGAGCCUAUUAAAGUCAGCAUUCAUGCCCUCAUACCACGCCAUUUCGCCAUGGCCACGGAUCUGACACGGGAAUUCAGUAGCACAGUUCUUAAUUUUAAACGUGAUUUCAGAAACAGUCGUCUUAAAAGUUUUUUCAGCACUCAAGAAAAUAUCUCCUUCAUCGUAGACGAUACCCCAAGAGAGAUCCUGGAUGCCUUUUGCACAGGUGUUCUUGCGAAACGAGCGAUCACUAUUCUAAAUAUCAACAACCCUUUGGGAAUCAGGAGACGAACUAGCUCCAAUACGUACAUCCUGGAGUUAUCCAACUACUUAGGCAUCCCUGUUAUAUCCUGGGAUACACAGUUUAGUGGAUCAGCGCAGACGGCCUCUGCUAACAGGAUGCUCCAGCUAGCCCCAACUAUUGAGCAUCAGGCUAUGGCGAUGAUGAGCCUGCUAGAGAGAUACAACUGGACGUCAUUCAGCAUCGUUACUUCACAGGUGGCCGGGGAUGCCCAGUUUGUUGCAGCUUUUGAAACCCUGGUGGAGGAAAAAAACAACGAGAUCAAAGUACAAUCACCAGGCGAAGUCAAGAGGGAAAGCUUCAAAAUUGUGUCAACAUUUCAUGUGAGAGACUCUGACGAUGUCGGUUCUGUGUUAGGAAAGGCUCUAGGUUCGGAUACUCGUGUAUUCCUCCUUCAUUGUAGCAGUCGCGCAUCAUUCAGCAUCAUUGAAGCUGCUGUGAAACUAGGACUGUCAGGAAAAGAGUAUAUAUGGAUUCUGACAAGAUCGUCGAUACCCACAGGGAAAUAUGGGCCAGAAUCAUUUCCUGUUGGGCUCAUGG